CUCUCCCUCCGGGGACCAAGUUUGCGAUUAAUUAUGACGUAACAGCCAAUCGACAGGCCGAACGACGGGGCGCUCUAGCCCGCCCUGCUCUCGCUACUCCGCUGCCGCGAAGAGCCGGCGUUCUAGCUCGCGGAGUUGGCUUCCUCUUCUCGUCUGUCCCAGCCCUCGACCACCCUCCGUCAUGGACCUCGCCGGCAUCUGCUCCAGCUUUCAGUCGGACUUGGAUUUCUGUCCAGAUUGCGGCUCGGUCCUGCCUCUGCCCGGGGUUCAGGAUGCUGUCGCUUGUACCCGCUGUGGCUUCUCCAUCAACGUGCGAGUUCUUACUGCUUGCGCAGACUUUGAGGGGAAGGUUGUGAAGACCUCAGUUGUGUUUAACAAACUGGGGACAGCCAUGCCUUUGUCGACGGAGGAAGGACCUGAGUUCCAGGGACCCGUGGUUGACAGGCGCUGCUCUCGAUGUGGGCACGAGGGAAUGGCAUACCACACCAGGCAGAUGCGAUCAGCAGAUGAAGGGCAGACUGUCUUCUACACCUGUACCAACUGCAAGUUCCAAGAGAAGGAAGAUUCUUGAUUUUUUGUCUGAGCGACUCAACAAUCCUUUUCUUACUUGGAAGCUGGAGGAUAUUGGGUUCUUAGGUCCUUUGUCCAUCUCCCUAUUACAGUGUUCUGUUUGCAGAGGAAAAGCAGAUCGUCCUGUGUGGAUUACCAUUGUCCCCAGAGUACUCCUACCCUCAUUGAGUUUCCUUAUUAAAGUUAUAUUUUUCUAUAAAAGCCA